CACCUUUGCCCCCGUCUUCUCUUGAUCUUCCCUCUCCUCUUUCUUUGGGCGCAGGGUUUGAUUUUAUUCUCUACGUCUGCUCUCUGUCUCCAUCCACAUCUAUCCUUCCUUCCUUCCUUCCCGGCCUUCUUCUCAUUCACCAAUCCCAGGAAACGUGUAGCCAACAUUCUCCCUCACCUACCCCCUUCUCCCUCUCCUCCCUCUCCAAUUCAAUCACAGUUCCAUACCAUCCUAUCACACAUUACUAUCAAAUUUGUCAAAUCGCCACGGUGGGGUCCCCAACGAUUUGCCAUUUCUUGAUUUCUUGCCUACCUCCUCCUUUGAACCAAACCCACCAACAAAAAUUGAAGCUUCUCCUUCUCGUGCUCUCUCCGCCCCACCUUUCUCUCUCAAUGGUCCUGCAUUUACUUCAUCCCAGGAUCUUGACUGUGUCUCUGGCCUAAAGCUAUGUCCUUGAAGGGCGUGCCCUUGUGGGGUGGUGCUAAAUCCCCCAGCCUCCAUGUGGUUGUGCCCGAUUUGGGGCCGAAGCCUUGUGGCUUAGCUCUGAAUUUGAGUGGGAUGCUCGAUUUUCCCUCUGGGAAGAGCAAGAAAUGGGAAUGCUGCUCUGUUGGGGCUCUGGCUCAGAGAGCUAUAACCCCUGUUGAAGAUGACAGACCCGACACUUCCGGGUUGGAGCCUGCCGGGGCUGCUGAUCCAACUCAGGAUGAUCAAUCCAAGGGCUUUCACAAGGAUUUGAGUCUCCUUCCAAAACCAUUGUCUGCCGCUGAUCUUCUAUCGACACCCAAUGAUGGCUCCCGAGUACGAGUUGCUUAUCAGGGACUGCCUGGUGCCUACAGUGAGGCUGCUGCCUUGAAAAGGUAUCCAAAGUGUGAGACAGUUCCAUGUGACGACUUCGAAGCUGCCUUCAAGGCAGUUGAGUUGUGGCUGGUAGAUAAGGCAGUUCUGCCCAUUGAGAACUCUGUCGGGGGAAGUAUCCACCGAAACUAUGACUUACUUUUACGUCAUAGACUUCAUAUAGUCGGAGAGGUGCAAUUGCAAGUGAACCACUGCCUUCUUGUUUUGCCUGGCACAAGACAGGAGGACCUAAAGCGUGUUCUGAGCCAUCCACAGGCUCUUGCUCAAUGUGAAAUGACAUUGAUGAAACUAGGUGUUAUAAGAGUAAGUGCUGAAGAUACUGCUGGCGCUGCUCAGAUCGUAGCCUCCAAUAAUCUAAGGGAUACUGGAGCAGUAGCGAGUUCUAGAGCUGCAGAGAUAUAUGGACUAAACAUUCUUGCUGAGAAAAUUCAGGAUGAUGACGAUAACAUUACCCGUUUCCUAAUACUAGCAAGAGAACCUAUAAUUCCCGGGACAGAUCGCCCAUAUAAGACGAGCAUUGUUUUUACACUGGAAGAAGGCCCUGGGAUGCUCUUCAAGGCGCUAGCGGUGUUUGCUCUCAGAGGCAUCAAUUUAACAAAGAUAGAGAGCCGACCACAGAGGAAGCGUCCCUUAAGAGUCGUGGACGAUUCAAAUAAAGGGAGUGCCAAGUACUUUGACUACCUUUUCUACAUUGACUUUGAAGCUUCCAUGGCAGAGCCCCGUGCCCAACAUGCUCUGGGACAUCUUCAGGAAUUUGCAGGAUUCCUUCGAGUCCUUGGCUGCUAUCCUUCGGAUGGUAUUCAAUAGGAAGAGAUUCUUGGGACAGCAGGAACCUGCAUUAUCCGUGCUUGAUUUAGGCAUUUCAUCUGUGAAUAUUAUUGUUCCUCCAGAAGAUGCAGUUCUAAGGUUAAGGAAAGCACAUGGUGCAGUGAUAAAAGACAUUUUUCUAACUGAGAAUUCUUUCGGUUUCUUUUUUUCUUUUUUCCGAAAAUUUAUUUGGUAGUAAUCAUUCUUCCUCCAUUCUUUUAUCCUCUUGUUGAGGGUAUACUGGUGAUGUUGGGGAUAAUUGUAGGUACUCGAAUAGACCCAGAAAAUUGCUGGCUCUACUUUAGUAAUCAAUAAUGUUCAUCCAGACA